GCACUCGAGUGGACGCCAAGGCCGGCGGUCUCCGCGGAAGUGGGAACAUGGCGCUUGACGGGCCGGAGCAGAUGGAGCUGGAAGAGGGCAAGGCAGGCAGCGGCCUCCGCCAGUACUACCUGUCCAAGAUCGAGGAGCUGCAGCUGAUUGUGAAUGAUAAGAGCCAGAACCUUCGGAGGCUGCAGGCACAGAGGAAUGAGCUUAAUGCAAAAGUUCGCCUAUUGCGGGAGGAGCUACAGCUGCUGCAGGAACAAGGCUCCUACGUGGGUGAAGUAGUCCGGGCCAUGGAUAAGAAGAAAGUGCUGGUGAAGGUCCAUCCUGAGGGCAAGUUCGUUGUGGAUGUGGACAAGAACAUUGAUAUUAAUGAUGUGACACCCAAUUGCCGGGUGGCCCUAAGAAACGACAGCUAUACUCUGCACAAGAUCCUGCCAAACAAGGUAGACCCACUGGUAUCGUUGAUGAUGGUGGAAAAAGUGCCAGACUCAACCUAUGAGAUGAUUGGAGGACUGGACAAGCAGAUCAAAGAAAUUAAGGAGGUGAUCGAGCUGCCAGUCAAGCACCCCGAGCUUUUUGAGGCACUGGGCAUCGCUCAGCCCAAGGGAGUGCUGCUCUAUGGCCCCCCGGGCACUGGAAAGACAUUGUUGGCCCGGGCUGUCGCUCAUCAUACAGACUGUACCUUUAUUCGUGUGUCUGGCUCUGAGUUGGUACAGAAGUUCAUCGGGGAAGGAGCCAGAAUGGUUCGGGAACUGUUUGUCAUGGCCCGUGAGCAUGCACCAUCCAUCAUUUUCAUGGAUGAAAUCGACUCCAUAGGCUCCUCUCGGCUAGAGGGGGGCUCUGGGGACAGUGAGGUACAGCGCACUAUGCUGGAGCUGCUCAACCAGCUAGACGGCUUUGAGGCCACCAAGAAUAUCAAGGUGAUCAUGGCCACCAAUAGGAUCGACAUCCUGGAUUCUGCGCUGCUCCGCCCAGGCCGCAUCGACAGAAAGAUUGAGUUCCCACCCCCCAACGAGGAGGCUCGCCUAGACAUUCUGAAGAUUCAUUCUCGGAAAAUGAAUCUGACCCGGGGCAUCAACCUGAGGAAAAUCGCUGAGCUCAUGCCAGGAGCAUCAGGGGCUGAAGUGAAGGGUGUGUGCACAGAAGCGGGCAUGUAUGCACUGCGAGAGCGCCGAGUACAUGUCACCCAGGAGGACUUUGAGAUGGCCGUAGCCAAGGUCAUGCAGAAGGAUAGUGAGAAAAACAUGUCCAUCAAGAAGUUAUGGAAGUGAUAUGGAUGCCCUUUAUUGGCACACUCAAAUAAAGUACUGUGGACAAGUC